AUGGACUUGAUUGCACACGGCUACGGUUCCAGUUCAUCCGACAGUGAGGGUGAGUCCUCGUCACAGCAACCCGCGUCCAAGGUCGCAAAGAUCGUCAAUGUCGCGCCCGAUGUCAGCCUGGAGGAUCCAAAUUACUCGCGCCAUAUCUAUACCAACCCCACAGAUACAACCCUCGCCGUCAACUUGCCCUACGAAUCCAUGCUCCAACCCGUUCAAGGUCCACAGAACCCAUUCGCAUCCAACGACGUUCAAGUCCGCCGGAAUGUCUGGACGGGACAUGUGGAGGAAAAUAUGCUUUCGGACUACGACUUUCGAACCCAACAACAAUCCUAUGCUGCUUUUGGAUUUGCAAAGGAUCCCAGUAUUCUGACCGUUGCCAAUAACGGACAGAGUGGAGCUGGCAUCAAUGGAACAGGAUUUGUUGGAAAUGUUGAAAAAGCACAGGUCAUGGAUGGUGCAACGAUAUGGGACAAGGUACCAAAACACCUUAGGAACAACGUUAACCAACGCAAACGCCAGACCCGCGGCGACCCCUCACUACUGGAGGGUGAGAACGCCUACAGAGGUCCCUGGGCCGCCUACGAAGGCGAGCGGAUCGGUGAAAUCAGCGGUCCUACAGAAGAAGAGCGGGAAAAGCACGAGAAGAGUGUUCAGGCCGCAGAGGAGGAGAAGGAGAAACGAGGCAAGGCCGUGCCUGCGAAACCGAUCGCUACAGGAUCCGAAAAGACAAUAUUUCAUGGCAAGGACGAGCACGAUUAUAUGGGAAGGACGUAUAUGCAUGUACCAAUGGAUCUUGAUGUCAACUUGUUGGGCGAGCCAGGCACAAAGGAGUGUUUUGUUCCGAAGCGGUUAUUGCACACUUGGACAGGACAUACCAAGGCUGUUUCGGCUAUCAGAUUUUUUCCAAAGUCGGCGCAUCUGCUCCUUUCUGGAAGCAUGGAUUCUAAAGUCAAGAUCUGGGAUGUAUACCAUGAUCGCCGGGUCUUGCGUACAUACAUCGGCCAUUCUAAGGCUGUCCGCGACGUGACCUUCAAUAAUGAUGGCACUCGGUUCAUUAGUGCCUCGUACGACCGCAAUAUGAAGCUCUGGGAUACUGAAACAGGGACAUGUAUCUCGACCUUUACCACCAAGAAGAUCCCUUAUGUUGUCAAAUUCAAUCCGGACGAGGACAAGCAGAACGUCUUUCUGGCGGGUUGCUCAGAUCACAAGAUUUAUCAGUUCGAUAUUAACACUGGUGAGGUCAUUCAGGAAUACGAUCAGCAUUUGGGAGCCGUCAACUCGAUUACAUUUGUGGACGACAAUAGGCGGUUCGUGACCACGUCCGAUGACAAGUCGUUGAGAGCUUGGGAGUAUGACAUUCCAGUCGUCAUCAAGUACAUCGCAGAACCCGACAUGCAUUCCAUGCCUGCCGUCGCCUUGAGUCCCAAUCAAAAAUGGCUGGCAUGUCAAUCUCUCGAUAACCAGAUCUUUGUGUACGGUGCCAAGGACCGAUUCCGCCAGAACCGUAAGAAGCUAUUUACGGGUCAUAUGGUUGCAGGAUACGCGUGUCAGCCCUCGUUCUCGCCCGAUGGUCGGUACCUGUCCUCGGGAGAUUCGGAGGGUAAUCUGUGGAUCUGGGACUGGAAGACGUGUAAGGUCCACAAGAAGUUUAAGGCACAUUCGGAAGUCGUGAUUGAUUGUGCGUGGCAUCCGCAUGAGACUUCGUUGGUCGCUACGGCAUCGUGGGAUUCAACCAUCAGGUUGUGGGUGUAA